AUGUCAAGUGGUCUGCUUAAAGUGGACCAUCCUUCGAACAAUGGCUCGGGUCUGGUGCCAGGUCGGUUAUCGCUCAGCAGCGACAACCUGACGACGACGGGCAGCAGCAACCGGUUGGGCAAUGGCGGGGAACGUGGAGGAUCGCUCACACCCAACAUCCUGCCAUCAAUGGACCGGCUCAGUGCGCCGAUCAUUACGCGCCGAAAAUUCAGCUUCCCCGCCAACCUUCACUCGACGGCCCUGCUCGGGUUCCCGGAGAUCGGCCGAGGGGACGGGUUCACCGGCAGUGGUUCGUCCCUAUCCGCCGCCGGAACAGCCCUCUCCGCACGGCGGCGGCUUAGCAACGUGAGCGACGUCGUGACCCGCAAGCUUUCCAGUACGAUCGGUUGGAAGCAACCGGUGUUGCCAUCGCAGGAUAUCAUCACGCAGGGCAAGUGCCUCUGUGGCCAGUACAUCCGGUGCCGGUUGAAGCGCUCGGGAGUGUUCAACCGCAAGCUGGGACUACAGCGUAUCCGCAGCAUCGUCGGGACGCCCUCCAUACACGUGGUUCGCGAGGUUUUUCCCGCUUUAUUGAGUGUCGGGGAAGAGCUGGAACGUAUGUAUCCCCGCAUCUACAAUGGCAUCGCACGACAACUGACGCGGUUCGGACGAGGCGAACUGAAGACACCCGAAACGGCACCCGUCCUCCUCAGCGCCAUCGCCCGCGACCUGUUCAAGGCGGACAUUACGUGGGGGAAAGUGGUAUCGCUGUUCGCCAUCGCUGGCGGUCUCUCGGUUGACUGCGUACGCCAGGGACAUCCGGACUACCUGCCCAAGCUGGUCGAGGGCGUUGCGGACGUGAUCGAAGAUGAGCUGGUCAGCUGGAUCUCCGAAAACGGUGGAUGGAUCGGAUUGGCAAACAAAGUGCGUCCACCUCAGGAGGAGAUCACGUUCACCGGUCGGUGUUUGGUGGGAGCGAGCUGUGUUAUAGGACUGUUUAUAAUCGUAUUUCUACUUAAAACGCUAGGGUUGUAUUUAUUUCCAAAUAUAUUCUCUUAA